AAUUGAUAUGCAUUGUCAAUGUUCCCUCUUCACCAUCGGCUAUUAUCAUAAAUACAGACAGCGCAGUGCGAAAACAAAGUAAUUCUGCGGUUGCUCUGCAUCCAGCCGGUCUACGAUGGAUAAGGAGAACCGAGAUGAUUUCACCUUCGCCAAACUCUGUGACCUGAAACAACCCGUUACCUUUCGAAUCUCACAGCUCGAGGGAAACAGAACGCCGAAAUCCUUUACAGAGAUCCUGGAGAACCCUCAACUCAGGUUUCACGGUCUACAAUCGCCGACACUCUCAGAUUUAUACGUUACCUGCCAGCUAGUCGCAGACAACAAACCCCUGACGAUUCCUUUUCGAACAUCUUUCAAAGCUUUCAAGAAUGCCUAUAUAUGGAACGAGUGGAUCACAUUUCCAGUGCGAUACUGCGAUUUACCUCUAGGAGCUCAAAUCACCUUUACGGUCUGGGAUAUUGCAGGCCCAAGGGCUGCAGCUCCCGUUGGUGGAACCACUUUUCGACUUUUUGGAAAGAAAUGGACACUCCGACGAGGAAAGCACCGACUUUUACUUUGGCUGGGAAUCGAGGCAGAUGGUUCUGUUGAAACUACUACGCCUAGCAAGUUAGAAGUUCGGGAUGAGAUGGGGCGUCUUGAAAAACUCGUCAAGAAGUAUGAACGAGGAGACCUUCCAAAAUCAGACUGGUUGGACAAGAUGACAUUUAGGAAGAUGGAAGAAAUCCACGCGAUGGAGGCGCAGAAAUCGAGAAACUUGUUUCUUUAUAUUGAUCUUCCUCGGUUUGACUUCCCGGUCAUAUUCUGCGAGCCGGAGCCUCCAGCCCCCUCCUCAUCCAUCUCUUCUUCUACGACUCCCUCACAUCCUCAUCCUCAAACGCCCACCACUACCAGUAAUAACUCACUCGACACUCAUCUAUGGAGCGUGGUAGAUCCUGAGGUGUCCCGCGAGAAUCCCGUAGAAGAUAAGCAUCGCCGUCUCGUUCGGAGUCACCGCAGUGGACCCUACGACCGUGACCUCAAACCGAACGCCAAAGACCGCGAUUUCAUUUCUCAAAUUCUUGCAUACUCCCCUAGUCAUCCCCUUACCUCGGAGGAAAAAGACCUCAUCUGGAAAUUCCGCUUUUACCUCGCGAGGGACAAAAAGAGUCAAAGCUUGACGAAAUUCCUCAAAGCCGUAACGUGGCGAGAUCCGUCUGAGGUGAAACAGGCUGUAGAGGAAUUGUUACCUCAGUGGACAGAGAUUGAUUUGGAUGACGCAUUGGAGCUCCUAGGACCUGGAACCGUCGAUUCGAGGGUCAGGGCAUUCGCUGUUAGGCAGCUUUCCAGAGCGGAUGAUGAUGAGUUGCUCCUGUAUCUACUGCAACUGGUUCAAGCACUCAAGUUCGAGAGCGCUGCGACGGUGCAGAAGUCAUCGCGUGCCAUUUCAUAUGACGACAGCGGACUGGCGGACUUUUUGAUUGAGAGGGGAGUGAAGAAUCGUGUACUUGGAAAUAGGUUGUAUUGGUAUUUGAUCGUCGAAGUAGAGCUUGAGGAGGAUAAGGUCGUUUCGAAGAUGUAUGGAAGGGUGGUUUUCAGGUUCAUGCAGAGGAUUCUGGAGUCUGAAAGCGGGUCAGAACGAAGAGAGCUCCUCCGUCGACAAGGUCAACUAGUCGACACGCUCGGAAAACGUGCCAAGGAACUUCGGACAUCCAAAGACCCUCGGCCUAAGAAGAUUGAGAAACUCCGCAUCAUAAUAAAUGACUCCAAGAAUAAUCUCUCUUCCAUCACACCUCCUCUGCCUCAUCCACUAAACGCUUCGAUCGAAAUAACCGGGAUUCUUCCCGAAAAAUCCUCCGUAUUCAAAUCCAAUUUGUUCCCUUUCCUACUCUACUUCCAUUGUUCCGAUGGUACAGAAUAUCCUAUCAUUUUCAAAGACGGGGACGACAUGCGACAGGAUCAACUUGUAGUGCAGCUAUUCACUCUCAUGGAUAGACUCUUACGGAAGGAAAACUUGGAUCUGAAAAUUCUUACAUAUGAUGUUCUGGCCACAGGGCCCUCUCAGGGGAUGGCGAAGUUCAUACCAAGCAAGUCGAUUGCUGCAAUUGUGAGCGAGUAUGGUGGGGGUGCAGGUGGGGGAAUCAUCAAUUAUUUUAGGGCGAGUUACCCAGACGAGGGAAGUGUAGGUACUGCCGGGGUGGAGCCGGCGGUGGUCGAUACGUUUGUGAGGAGUUGUGCUGGGUACUGUGUUCUGACAUACAUUCUUGGUGUCGGUGACCGACACUUGGAUAACCUCCUAGUAACACCCGCAGGUCAUUUCUUCCACGGUAAGACUCACCCGUUCCCUUGAAACAGGUGCCAACCAUACAUCCUAGUCGAUUACGGGUACAUUCUAGGUCGAGAUCCCAAACCCUUCCCACCCGCCGUUAAGGUCUGCAAAGAAAUGGUGGAUGCCAUGGGGGGUGCCUCUUCCCCUCACUACGCACGUUUCAAGAACUUUUGCUUCACUGCCUUCACUAUCCUCCGAAAAAGCGCUAAUCUUAUACUAAACCUCGUGACAUUGAUGGUGGAUGCGAAUAUUCCUGAUAUCAAGCAUCGGGAUGUACAUGAACAGAUACGGGAGAAGUUUAGAUUGGAUUUGACUGAGGAAGAGGCGAUCAAGCAUUUCGAGGCCUUACUGAACGAGACAUCAUACUUCACUGCUGUCUUGGACCGUAUUCACGACAUCGCCCAGUAUUGGAGAAGUUAGCUAUUUACGUGUUUGUAAUAGUAACAUUCUUUUCUUCGCCAUAAUAUUAUACGUGCACGGACCGACAUAUUCCG